AUGACUUUCAACACAAAGGAGGAAGUCCAACAUGUUCUAAAUGCAUACCAUAUAAAGAAAGGUUUGUAUUACAGGGUCGAGAAAUCGUCACUAACAUUAAUUGUUGCACGUUGUGUUAACAGUACAUGUGAUUGGAGGUGCAGAACGACUUUUAUUACUAAAAGCCAAAAGUGGGAGCUUCGUAAGCUAUCAGGUGAACAUUCUUAUUCAUCACCUAUUAUUACACAAGAUCAUGUUAACCUUGACUAUGUAUAUAUUAGCAAAAGUAUUCUUCCUUUGGUGGAGAGUGAUCCAUCCAUUUCUAUUCCAACAAUAAUAGCACACAUCAAAAGUGCUGAAGGGUACACGAUCUCAUACCGCAAAGCUUGGAUGGCAAAGCAAAAGGCAAUUGAAGACUUACAUGGUAACUGGGAACAAUCUUACCAUGAUUUACCCAAGUUGCUUAGUGCCAUGAGUGGAUUUCUUAAUGGAUUUGUUGUUGAGAAGCAAACAAGGCCACUAUACAACCAACAAGGUGAGAUGGUUCAUCAUUAUGUUCAAUUCCAUAGAGUAUUUUGGACAUUUAAACCUUGUAUCGAUGGGUUCAAAUACUGCAAACCCAUUGUUCAAGUUGAUGGCACAUUCUUGUAUGGCAAAUACAAAGGAACUCUCCUUGUGGCCGGGGCUGAAGACAGUAACAACAAAAUCUUUCCAAUUGCCUUUGCAAUUGUUGAGGGUGAAACAGAAGAGGCAUGGUUUUUCUUUCUACAUUAUCUCAAAAGACAUGUUUGCCCUCAAGAUGACCUUUGCUUAAUUUCGGACAAACACGAGUCUAUCAAAAAUGUGUACGCUAAACAAGGCAGUGGUUGGACACUUGAGAAUUCAGUGCAUGUAUUAUGUAUUCGCCAUAUAGCUCAAAACUUCAUGAGACAUUUCAAGAAUACAGAACGGAAAAAAUUAAUAAUCAAUAUGGCUUAUGGGAUGACUGAGCCAAGAUUCAAUUACUACUACAACACUCUAAGGAGCAAACCAGAAACUGAAGGUGUAAUUGAAUGGCUCAACACCAUACCAAAAGAACAAUGGACUCUUGCAUGGGACGGUGGCCGACGAUGGGGACACAUGACUACUAACUUGGCUGAGGCAAUUAACUCCAUUCUUAAAAAAACAAGAAAUUUGCCAAUUUCUGCAAUCAUCAUGUCGACUUAUAAGAGAUGUAAUGCCUUAUUCAUCCAAAGGGGGAAGGAAGUCGAUGCUAAACUUAGGGCUGGCCAAGUUUAUACGGAAAUAAUGAAUAGGGCCAUGAGAGAUGCAGAAUCAAAGGCUAAUACUCAUCAUGUCCUCGAAUUUGAUCGUCACAGUACACGUUUUUUGGUGCAAGAGACCAUUAACCCAAGGGAAACACGACCUACUGGAACUUUCACGGUUAGACUACAUGACAACUGGUGUGACUGUGAAAAAUUCCAAAAGCUACACAUGCCAUGCUCCCAUGUUGUUGCUGCAUGUAAGCAUGUUCACCACGAUUAUAAAUCUUACAUAGAUCCGGACAACCAAGAAGAUGUUCUCUCUGCAGGAAUGUAG